GGUUGUCGCCGGCAGUCCUCGGGUUCCGCACUAGCGCCUGCCCGGCCUCGGCCUGCUCGGCUCGGCGGCGGCCAUGGAGUCCGCGCUGGGCGCAGGCAUCGCGAUGGCCGAGGCUCUGCAGAAUCGGUUGCCCUGGCUGGAGAACGUUUGGCUCUGGGUCACCUUUCUGGGCGAUCCCAAGAGCCUCUUUCUGUUCUACUUCCCCGCGGCCUACUACGCCCGCCGCCGCGUAGGCGUCGCGGUGCUCUGGAUCAGCCUCAUCACCGAGUGGCUCAACCUCGUCUUCAAGUGGUUUCUGUUCGGAGACAGGCCCUUUUGGUGGGUCCAUGAGUCUGGGUACUACAACCAGGCUCCAGCCCAGGUUCACCAGUUUCCAUCUUCUUGUGAAACUGGUCCAGGCAGCCCUUCUGGACACUGCAUGAUCACAGGAGCAGCCCUCUGGCCUAUCAUGACGGCCCUCUCUGCCCAGAUGGCCACUCGGGCCCACAGCCGCUGGAUACGGGCGAUUCCCAGCCUGGCUUACUUCACCUUCCUCUUGGCGGUCGGCCUGUCUCGGGUCUUCCUGUUAGCACAUUUCCCUCAUCAGGUGUUGGCUGGCCUACUAACCGGCGCUGUCCUGGGCUGGCUGAUGACCCCUCGGGUACCCAUGGAGCGGGAGCUAAGCUUCUAUGGGUUGACCGCGCUGGCCCUCAUGCUGGGCGCCAGCCUCAUCUAUUGGACGCUCAUUAGCCUGGGCCUGAAUCUUUCUUGGUCCAUUGACCUGGCCUCCAAGUGGUGCGAGCGGCCUGAGUGGGUGCACAUGGACAGCCGGCCCUUUGCCUCCCUGAGCCGCGACUCAGGGGCUGCCCUGGGACUGGGCAUCGCCCUGCACUCUCCCUGCUAUGCCCAGAUCCGGCGGGCAUACCUGGGAAAUGGCCAGAAGAUAGCCUGCCUUUUGCUGGCCAUGGUGCUGCUGGGCCCUCUGGACUGGCUGGGCCACCCCGCUCAGGUCAGCCUCUUCUACAUCUUCAACUUCCUCAAGUACACCCUCUGGCCAUUCCUGGUCCUGGCCCUCGUGCCCUGGGCGGUGUACACGUUCAGUGCCCAGGAAGCUCCGCCCAUCCGCUCUUCCUGACUUCUUGGGCCUCCUUCAGCCCCGCCCCUCCCACCGAGCCAGCACUCUGUGACCUCCACACUCCAGGCACAGCCCCCCUCCAGCCCCGAGCAGGCCAGCUCUCUGGCAUUUCCCCACUUGUCCCACCACCUGGUCUUGGCCCCCAAAAAGGGCCCUCUCCUGCUGUUCCUCGGAGGCCCCUAGAGCAACGGCCACAGCGAGACCAACGGGUUCCUGCACCACUGUGAGGGAGGCUCGGGCAGCCUCAAUAAAGCCCUUGAAAUUUC